CAGGAAGUAGUGUUCUUGCUUACAUUUUUUGGGUCCAAGCGAAGUAGCACAAUAACUUAGUGGUUCUGUAAAACAAUGGUUGACAGUUGAUAAGGAUUAUUUAUUUUAAAGUAAUUUUAAUUUACGGGUUUUUUCGGCCAUGUCUGCAAGCUGCUGCUGGUGCUAUUUAACCGUGGUGUUUCUGGUCUCGGCUCCUUCGUUCUUGUCGUGUCUGCUAGUGAAGGGCGCUCAGGUCGCCUUGGUGGAGGUUCUGCUGAGAGAACGUCGGGACGUCAGCACCGUUCUACAAGGCGAGGUGCUCGAGGCGACCUGGGAAAGCAGCAGCGUCCCCGAAAAACACAAUCAACAACAAGAGCAUGAUCUCGAAGGGGACCUCAUAUUAGUGAGUGAUGUUACAGCUAGCUCUGCUAAGUAAAACCACUGGAUUUGUAUUUGUAACAUGAUAUGGAUCUAAACAUUACUGUUAUGAGAAAAUAACAGUGUAUGUAUACAGUAAUUGAUAUUGUCAAGCAAAAGCUUCAAAUGUGUUAUGUUCACCAUUGCAUUUUGAAUCAUCAAGCAUACAAUGUCUGCAUAGGAUAAGUCUAUAUUACCCAGUAAUAAUCAUAUAAUGACCCCAGUGUUUCCAAUUGCCAUUGGUCAGGUGCAGGAUGAGGAGCCGCAAGUGAGCCGGGGCAAAGGUGGGGGUGUCCAAGCCAAAGACCAGGAGCCAUGGAUAGGUGUGGUGCCUGUCAAAGUGGAGGAGAGCAAAGCUUCCACUGCCGGGAACAGUCAGGAAUCCUUUGCUGCUGCCGUUGUCAAUAAAGUGAGUUCAGGGACAAAAAAAGACCAUGAUUUUGGGUAUUUUCACAAAAUGUAAUCCAUAGAAUGAUUCUUUGAAGGAAGGAUUGUUGACAUUUGUAUCUAAAAGCAUAAUUGGCCUUAGCUAGGCCUCCUUUAAGACUCCAAGAGUGUGCAAAGCUGUCAUCAAGGCAAAGGGUGGCUAUUGGAAGAAUCUCAAAUAUAAAAUAUAUUUUGAUUUGUUUAACACUUUUUUGUUUACUACAUGAUUCCAUAUGUGUUAUUUCAUAGUUUUGAUGUCUUCACUAUUAUUCUACAAUGUAAAAAAUUGUAAGAAUAAAGAAAAACCCUUGAAUGAGUAGGUGUGUCCAAACUUUUGACUGGUAGUGUAUAUUGUUGAACAUAAUAUGCUCAGUGGUUCCCAACCAGGGGUACUAGGACCCCUGGGGGUACUUGGCCUAUCCACAGGGGGUACUUGAGAAGACUCAUGAGACCAUAGGCUUAAAAAAUGCACAUAAGGGGGUACUUCAGGGGUACUCAAAUCAAAAUCAAAUCAAAUUUUAUUGGCCACAUGCGCCGAAAUACAACAGGUGUAGACAUUUGUAAGUCGCUCUGGAUAAGAGCGUCUGCUAAAUGACGAAAUUGUAAAAAAUGUAAAAUGCUUACUUACAGCCCUUAACCAACAAUGCAUUUAUUUUUUAAUAAAAAAGUAAAAUAAAACAACAAAAAAGUGUUGAGAAGAAAAGAGCAGAAGUAAAAUAAAAUAACAGUAGGGAGGCUAUAUAUACAGGGGGGUACCGGUGCAGAGUCAAUGUGCGGGGGCACCGGCUAGUUGAGGUAAUAUGUACAUGUGGGUAGAGUUAAAGUGACUAUGCAUAAAUAAUUAACAGAGUAGCAGCAGCGUAAAAAUAUGGGGUGGGGGGCAGUGCAAAUAGUCCGGGUAGCCAUGAUUAGCUGUUCAGGAGUCUUAUGGCUUGGGGGUAGAAGCUGUUGAGAAGUCUUUUGGACCUGGCACUCCGGUACCGCUUGCCGUGCGGUAGCAGAGGGAACAGUCUAUGACUAGGGUGGCUGGAGUCUUUGACAAUUUUGAGGGCCUUCCUCUGACACCGCCUGGUAUAGAGGUCCUGGAUGGCAGGAAGCUUGGCCCCAGUGAUGUACUGGGCUGUAUGCACUAUCCUCUGUAGCGCCUUGCAGUCGGAUGCCGAGCAGUUGCCAUACCAGGCGGUGAUGCAACCAGUCAGGAUGCUCUCGAUGGUGCAGCUAUAUAAUUCUUUGAGGAUCUGAGGACCCAUGCCAAAUCUUUUCAGUCUCCUGAGGGGGAAUAGGCUUUGUCGUGCCCUCUUCACUACUGUCUUGGUGUGUUUGGACCAUGAUAGUUUGUUGGUGAUGUGGACACCAAGGAACUUGAAGCUCUCAACCUGUUCCACUACAGCCCCAUCGAUGAGAAUGGGGGCGUGCUCAGUCCUCUUUUUUUCCCCUGUAGUCCACAAUCAUCUCCUUUGUCUUGGUCACGUUGAGGGAGAGGUUGUUAUCCUGGAACCACACGGCCAGGUCUCUGACCUCCUCCCUAUAGGCUGUACUCCGGGCAGAGCAAACAUUCAGUUGGUGAUAUAGUAACCGAAAAAGGUUGGGAUCCACUGCUCUAUGGGCAUAUCAAAGUUCAAGAGUGGGAUCUCUGCUACUUUUAACGUUAUGAUCCAAUUUGUAAGCAUUACCAACAGUGAAUGUGAAAAUGGAUUCAAAAUUGUAAGCCCAUAACUUUCAAACCAGCAGAGAGCACACUCUGGAACUUUGAUAUGCCCGUAGAGUAUAUUAUGUUCAACAUUAAAUUUCAAAAGAAUUGCCACAUUUUUCUAUAAUCAUAAAUGAAUGUCAAGAAAUUGUUAUUGAAAUAGAAAUACUACUCAUAUUACAGAGCAAGUGGUAAAGCUUCAUAUGACACAAAUUGUAGCUUUGUAGCGCCUACAGAUUAAACAUUAUGGAGUCUUGAAGGAGGCCUGGGUAAGGCCGAAAUGUCAUAAAUAUGCCAACUUUGAUCAAUUAUUUCUCAAUUAUGCUUUUAAAUACAAAUGUCAAAUAUACAAUGACUAUACCAAACAUUAGGAACACCUUCCUAAUAUUGAGUUGCGCAACCUCCCCUCCCCAAUCCAUGUCUCAAUUCUUUAACCGGUCUCCUCCCCUUCAUCUACACUGAUUGAAGUGGAUUUAACAAGUGACAUCAAUAAGGGAUCAUAGCUUUCACCUGGUCAGUCUGUCAUGGAAAGAGCAGGUGUUCUUAAUGUUUUGUAUACUUAGUGUGUCAACAAUCCUUUCUCCAAAGGAUCAUUCUAUGGAUUCAAUUUAGUGAUAAUCCCCUAAAUCUAUUUUUGUCCUGGUUUUGUGAGGAAUCACUCACAUGGUCAUGGGAAGAACAGUCAGUGCACUGUUUUGUUGAAUAAUUUGUAUAUUUGGUGAAAGAAGUGUUGAGACACACGACAAACUAUACCCUGAUCAGUGAGAGAUCAAUAACUUUCUGAAUGUUGUAUCUGUUCUUCAGCACCACAGAGUUUCACCUACGGUUGCAAAGGGAGGGUAUACAGUGGGGAGAACAAGUAUUUGAUACACUGCCGAUUUUUCAGGUUUUCCUACUUACAAAGCAUGUAGAGGUCUGUCAUUUUUAUCAUAGGUACACUUCAACUGUGAGAGACGGAAUCUAAAACAAAAAUCCAGAAAAUCACAUUGUAUGAUUUUUAAGUAAUUAAUUUGCAUUUUAUUGCAUGACAUAAGUAUUUGAUCACCUACCAACCAGUAAGAAUUCCGUCUCUCACAGACCUGUUAGUUUUUCUUUAAGAAGCCCUCCUGUUCUCCACUCAUUACCUGUAUUUACUGCACCUGUUUGAACUCGUUACCUGUAUAAAAGACACCUGUCCACACACUCAAUCAAACAGACUCCAACCUCUCCACAAUGGCCAAGACCAGAGAGCUGUGUAAGGACAUCAGGGAUAAAAUUGUAGACCUGCAGAAGGCUGGGAUGGGCUACAGGACAAUAGGCAAGCAGCUUGGUGAGAAGGCAACAACUGUUGGCGCAAUUAUUAGAAAAUGGAAGAAGUUCAAGAUGACGGUCAAUCACCCUCGGUCUGGGGCUCCAUGCAAGAUGUCACCUCGUGGGGCAUCAAUGAUCAUGAGGAAGGUGAGGGAUAAGCCCAGAACUACACGGCAGGACCUGGUCAAUGACCUGAAGAGAGCUGGGACCACAGUCUCAAAGAAAACCAUUAGUAACACACUACGCCGUCAUGUAUUAAAAUCCUGCAGCGCACGCAAGGUCCCCCUGCUCAAGCCAGCGCAUGUCCAGGCCCGUCUGAAGUUUGCCAAUGACCAUCUGGAUGAUCCAGAGGAGGAAUGGGAGAAGGUCAUGUGGUCUGAUGAGACAGAAAUAGAGCUUUUUGGUCUAAACUCCACUCGCCGUGUUUGGAGGAAGAAGAAGGAUGAGUACAACCCCAAGAACACCAUCCCAACCGUGAAGCAUGGAGGUGGAAACAUUAUUCUUUGGGGAUGCUUUUCUGCAAAGGGGACAGGACGACUGCACCGUAUUGAGGGGAUGAUGGAUGGGGCCAUGUAUCGCGAGAUCUUGGCCAACAACCUCCUUCCCUCAGUAAGAGCAUUGAAGAUGGGUCGUGGCUGGGUCUUCCAGCAUGACAACGACCCGAAACACACAGCCAGGGCAACUAAGGAGUGGCUCCGUAAGAAGCAUCUCAAGGUCCUGGAGUGGCCUAGCCAGUCUCCAGACCUUAACCCAAUAGAAAAUCUUUGGAGGGAGCUGAAAGUCUGUAUUGCCCAGCGACAGCUCCGAAACCUGAAGGAUCUGGAGAAGGUCUGUAUGGAGGAGUGGGCCAAAAUCCCUGCUGCAGUGUGUGCAAACCUGGUCAAGACCUACAGGAAACGUAUGAUCUCUGUAAUUGCAAAAAAAGGUUUAUGUGCCAAAUAUUAAGUCCUGCUUUGCUGAUGUAUCAAAUACUUAUGUCAUGCAAUAAUAUGCAAAUUAAUCACUUAAAAAUCAUACAAUGUGAUUUUCUGGAUUUUUGUUUUAGAUUCCGUCUCUCACAGUUGAAGUGUACCUAUGAUAAAAAUUACAGACCUCUACAUGCUUUGUAAGUAGGAAAACCUGCAAAAUUGGCAGUGUAUCAAAUACUUGUUCUCCCCACUGUAUUACUGGACAUUUACCAGGAAACUACCAGAUGUUUUGUUUUAAAUCAAGGAUUUUAUCAAUGUAAUCUAUCACAAGAUAUCUAAUGGCCCUUUUGGGUACUUCCGAUUUUUACAGGUGUCUGUAAUUAUCUCUGGCCCGCUGUGUGGCCUUAUCACAUGUAAAAAAUAGAAUGACAAUGCUGUAAAACGUUAUCCUAAAUAUAAACCAUCACCUUAGUGAAUACUAUUGGUGUUUAAUGUGAGGGUUUCAGCAUGAAACAUCCUUUAUUCUUUUACACACUUUUAACGCAUGCAAAUAUAUAUCUGUGUGGAUAAAGUAAGUCUGAAGUAAGUAUAACCACUAUCUCGCUUUGUUAGAUGAAACGAGCGUUGGUCCUGGGGGCUUCUGCACUCAUCAUCCUAGCCCUCAAUCAGAACACUGUCAGAGAGGUAAGAGUCAUUUUCCUACACACUGGCUGUGUUAGUGCUGGGCUGGAGCAAAAGCCUGCACACCCUGUAGCUCUCCUGGACCCGUGUCGGUGCCCACUCCUAUAGAGCAUGACACCAAUGUUGCUCUAUAAUUGUCAGCUGUUAGAGGAACCACUCCUCUACUACUGCUUUACAAUACAACCCCCAUAGAGAUAGAACAAUUAUAUAUGGUCUAUGACAACUACUAUUCUCUCCUGGAUUCUCCUUCUAGAUGGAUCUGUCCCAAGUCCUCUCUAAGCCAGUCAUUGUCAUCCAGACAUCAGAAAAUGUUACCAAGCUUAUCGGAGCACUCCUCAGGUACCACAGUGAUGGAAAACGAAACAAUACUAGUCUACACAAGGAUCCCUCUCAGUAUAGCUUUGAUCGUAUGAAUAGACUGUAGCAUACUGACUAAUAUAGAGACACUGAGUGAGUUAACUCCGUGGUUUCUUUCAUAGGGGCCUUCAUGCUACUGCAAAAAUCACAUACAAGACUAUUCUACAGGACAACUUGGUAAGAUCAUAUUUUUGCCAUAAACUUCAUCACCUUAGAGAACAGCAAAAUAGUCAGUCGGACAUUUCCAGUUUUCUAUGCACUUUAUUGUCCAGCUCAUGUUAUUACUUUGGAUGUGUGUAAAACCUCCUCUCUGGUGGUAUUGUAGGGGGCCACCCUGACGUUGUGGUCCACGUGCGGUCUCUCCCGAGGUGGUCUGUAUGGAGAGUGGCAGGGGGUCAUCUGCACUGGAGAGACCAACUCACAGGUCCAGGUGUGAACACCAUGGCAUACUAUCAAAUGAAUAGAAUGUAUAAUAGGGACAACAAAAUACAUGAUCAAUGACAUUGUAACCAAAGUAGUCCAUCGGAAGGUCAUCUGAAUUUUACGCUACAACUCCUCACAGGCUAGAACUAGCAACUCACUGAUCUGUGCAACUCAUUGCUUUUUCAUACAUCUCUGUUGUGUGACAAGCGUAAACAAAUGAUUUAGAGGUAGGCUAACGUCAGUGCUCGGUCCUGUUAUGGGUUGUCCUCCAGAAGUACCUGCAUCAGCUGUGGAACACGGUCCUACUGGUGGCUCUUAUCCUCUGUACAGGGGUCAUAGUUCAGGCUCGAUGGCAGUACCAGGACAACCAACUCAAUGACGACCUGGAGGUAGAGCUUAAGCAUUUUCCUCUUUUAAUCAUUCAGCAAUUAGCAGGCACACUAAUCUAGAGCAAAUGUAAGUAAGCGCAGACACUGGACGACAGUAUAUCAGUGAGAUGCUUCAAAGGUAAUAAUGUAGAAACAUUCACCAUAAUAUUAAUGACUCAACCAUUCUAUAUCCUACAGUUACCAAAACAGGACAUCCUGAAGAGACUGUCGUCCCUGAAGACCAGGAUGUACCGGUGGUGUGACCCAGCCCAGCUAGAGACCGACAACUGUGCCGUCUGUCUGGAACAGUUCACCAACAACCAGGUUGACUGACUGACUCCUGAGGGGUAUACUACAAAGCAGGAUCAAGGAGUUAGCCAGCUAACUUGUCUAAAUAUUCUGAAAUGGCUUUUUUUUUUUUUUUUACAGAUAAGCUUGAAAUGGGCAUGGUCGAAUUGACUAAACAAAAAACACAUAUCCAAGUUUAGCUUUUUAACACUAGAACCGAUGGGCCUCGAGGGACCCUCCUUCAAGCUAAUGAGCAGUCAUUCUGACUGCAACAUUCUAACAGUGUAAUUCAUACAUUUCAUAUAUUCUAUCGCAAAAAUAAUCAUUUAGUUGUGUUUAUGAAGGUCUUAGGUAACAUUAGAACACAAUUAUUUUUAAAUUUAAAAUAAUACAAUAGCAUUUUCUUUAUUUUGUUACUGUAGGCUAUAUGUAAAAACAAAAAAAACACACAUUCAAGUGUUCAAUCAAUUUUAUUUGUGGAGUGCCUUAGUUACAACUAUGAAACGGAAAGCAUGUGUUGGAAUGCGGUAACAGCUUAUUUUUAUUACGUCAAAAUAAAAUAAAUACCCCAACCACCAAGACUCACGGUCAGCAAGACGUACGGUCAAAUGAUGAAAACAUCAGUAUCCUAAACAUCAUUAUAAGCACCAAGUGUUCUUAAUAAAUAGUGAAAGUCGGCACAAAAGCAAUAAUUGCAUUAUAAUGUGUCGAUAUGACAGCAGUCAAAAAUAGUAAAUGUCAGCUCGUGCUUACAUGGUUUGCGUCUUCACGCAGUGGCAUCAGUCGGAGAAUGCCCAUGUCACAUAGGCAACGCACUCACCAACUUUUGUUGUUUAUGUUGUUUUUUGCUUGAGGUGUAGGGCCUGCUCUUUGUGAUGACAUUUUGUGCUGAUUGUCGUCCCAUAGCAUUGUCACCGGCUUGUUCUAUCUAUCUAAACGGUGCCGUCCCUUCCUCUCUCACCAUUUCAUUUGGUGGUGGCGCGGGCACCUGCUCAGUGCGCUUUUUUGCGCUUAGGACUUGGAGGUGUAGGUUCAGGCUGAGGCUCAGAAUCAGAAGAAUAAUCAUCAGAGAUGUCAUGAUUAAUUUCUGAGUCGUUUUCAUUUAGAUUUUGUAGUAACGCAGCAUGUGCAUCCAUUCGUCUUGGUCUUCUUGUCAUUGUAAAUUACGCAUGCUCUCACUGUGUACUCCAAGUAGGCCAGAGUAGACUGAUAAGACUGCUUGGAUUCGAUGGACUGAUAUAGAGCCUUUCUCCCCCAUCAUACUUUACUUCAUUUAUUUCAUCUGUUGUUAUGUGUGAAAUUAAUUUCAGUAUAGUUUCAUGACAGUUAUCGGUGUGAUUAUCAACUGGGCACGGCACCUUCCAUCUGUCGGGAGAAGGGGGGGGGAGCAGGCCCUACUGUCGGGAGGAGGGGCAACCUCCAUGACAUGGGUUAUAACUGUUAUAAAAUGGUUAUAACUCCAGUUCUGUUUGUGAUAUUAAGAUUCUAACAGCGACAGUGUGCUGUUAUAAAGACUUAUUUAGGAAAAGUCAAAGAUGGAGGGGGGCAUAACUUUAAAAAUGGCAGUAAUAUUUUUUAAAAAAUUCAUUAGCAGUCCAAAUGACUGCUUUAGCAAUUCUAGCGUUAAUGAACCAGAAAAUCAACAGUUAUUUUUGGCUUUUAUUUAAAAAAAGUUAACUGGCCAACUAAUUGAUCCUGCUUUGUAGUAUACCCCUCUGGAACUACAUGGAAAGUAAGAUGCAUAAACAUAUACAUUCUGUAAAUUCGACUUUUAGACACAAGGGUUAGUAGUAUGCUAACUCACCUGUGUGUUGCAGUGUCUUCGUGUGCUGCCCUGCCUCCAUGAGUUCCACAGGGACUGUGUGGAUCCGUGGUUGCUCCUGCAGCACACCUGUCCUCUGUGUAAACGCAGCAUACUCAGUAAGUUAUACACCUGUCCCCAGAGUAAACGCAGCAUACUCAGUAAGGUUUACACCUGUCCCCACUGUAAACGCAGCAUACUCUGUAAGUUAUACACCUGCCCCCUGUGUAAACGCAGCAUACUCUCUAAGAUCUCUACUUGCCUGUACACUCAAGUGCAACUUUAUUUGCCAUAUGCAAUUAACACAUUGGAAAUCUAAUGUAGCGCUGGUCAUUGUAUUUGGUACCCGGUUAAGUCAGCUAUUCGCUUUAACUGUCAUCUUUCCCUUCCAUCCACAGGUAACCUCUGUAGAGACAGCUAAUGGUAGCCUUGGCCCCCCUCCUCACUUCACUCUGACCAGGGCCCAGUUUUAAAAAAACUUUUAAUCUGGAUCAGAAUGAUUUUGAUUCUUUUUUGCUUUCCAGGAUUAGUUCGAUCUGGCUGUUUUUGAGCCGGUUUUUCAGAAAAACAACCCCGGAUAGGAUCAUUCUGAUCCAGAUACCACAAUAUCAAGAUCACAGAAUUUGGAUUUUCAGUGCUUUGAACAGGCCUACACCUUGCCAUCUACUGGACAAAUUGUGGUACUACUUCUACACUGUCAUAGGGAAACUGAGAUGAUUAAACUACAUGAAUAAAGGUACCUUGAUCUAAAUCCACCCUUCCAGUGGGAUCAAGAUAAUCUAGAUUUUUGGCAUCAAAACUAUCCUAAUCACUACCUUUUUGAGUUUUGAAAAAUGCAAAAAAUGAAAUGAUUAAAGGUCUGAUUGGAUUUUCCAAAUCCUUAUCCCUAUCCGGAGGAUCAUAAUCACAUUUUUCAGUUAAAUGUUUUAAAUAAUUUUUUAUCCUGUCUGAUUGCCGAAAUCCGAUCAGAUAACUUCUGAAAAACUGGGCCCAGAACAUUGGGAUCAAGUUUCGUCUUGUCGUUUUACGUGACUAGUUUUCAGUAGCAGUUCCAGACCUCACCUCUUCCUCCUGCACUGGAUUGUGGGCCGGGGAGCUUCUCCCAGCAGUUGGCCUUCUUAUUGGACGGUGAUGACCUCUGACCCUUUGGGGACAGCCAAUCCUGAAGCAGCUUCACUUAUCUAUGUGGUACUGUAAACCAAAUGUUACUGUACCAGUACUAUUGUUGAAACAAGCAGUACUUUCAUCCUGGGAUAACAUACUGUACAAUGUUGUUACUGUAUUCUCUCCUACCCACCAACCCACCUCUCUCUGGCCGGUAUGUCAUGUGUAUGUGUGAUAGAGUACCAGUAAAUACUGGUACCUCAUGGUGGGACUGUCUAUACAUUUCUAGAAGGGCAUUCUAAUGUUCUGUGAAUCUGUGGUGGAAUUCCAUGAAUGUUCUUUACAGGGAAAUGAAUGUUAAGUCUAAGGUGUUUUAAUGUGAAAACCUAGCUAACGAAAGUCUUCUUUUAAGUAAUAUUUGCAUGGAUGUUCAAUGCAAUAUGGUACAAAGCAUGGUUAAGUGUGUUUCUAACUGGCAUCAAAACACAAUCAUUUGUGGCCCAUAUUCCACCAUUUCACAGGGUCAGUAUAAUCUAAAAAGUUUUUAAAAAAUUAUAGAUGUGGACUAAUUUCAACCAGACUAUUAUUGUGUACUCUAAGGAGUAUAAUUUCAAAGUUUGUAUUAAUUCUGAAUUAAUAGGAAUAAGGGCAGGGAGAUAAAGAGAGAAAAUUAAAUUGUUAACCAUACUUUUGUUAAACUCUAUAUAGAGAGACUGCUCUGUGAGGUAAAUGCCUUUUUCACCAGAUAACCAGAGUAGCAGAAGAGACAGACAAGUUACAAACACCCUUCAAAGACAUCCGCGCUUACAGUCUACUACUUGACAGUACUUAUGUUAUACUAAUCCUUUAUGUAGUCCUUAUUAGUUAUUUUAUUAUAAACCACAGUGACCUUGCAGAACUGAAACAGACUUGACCUUGGCUAACCAAUGAGUAUAGUAUGGAAAGGUGAAAGGUCAAAUGGAGCCACUUGGAUCGCACUUCAACCAUAUCCCACAAGAGGAUCUAGCAACACCUUAUAGGGAAAUGUGAAUACUCUAAAUGCUUCCUACCAUCAGCUAAUCACUAGAGAAAUAUAGCCGCACCUAUGGUAUCAUUCAGCCAUCGCUGCCACUUGAACACAUUAAAGUCACCGCUCAGUUCGCACAGGAAUACUCCAUUGAGAAAAGCUCUCGAACCACAGUAUUAAAUGUAUUUAUUAUUUUGUUUGUUUUUAAAGAGAACUUCAAAAAGCAAAUUGUAAUGUCCUUUUUUUUUUUUUUUUUUUACAAAAAUGCUCAUAGAUCUUUCUAUAUGAUUCUCUUGUUAUAAAGUAGUUGUGCAUGGCGAGUCGUAGAAGCCUCUAGAAGCUGUUCGAUGUCAUGACAUUUGUCCCCUCUUAGGCUACUCUUCCAAACACACACAGGACUGUGUUGUUAUAACGGCUCACUUUUUGGGUUGAGGCUGAAACAUGGUGGGUGGGGAUUGGCUGGGUGAGGAGACAUUAACUACCACACACACACACACUCACUUCGCUCAGAUAUUCCACACACACACGCUGCCACCUCUGGUCCUGGCCUGCCUGUCGUUUUGAUGUCUAGACCUGUAUUUAACUGACAGGUUGUGGGUUCGUUGUUCUUCCAGAUCCAGCAGACAGAGGUUUCAGUCUGACAGUCAGGCCGGUCGCCCUGCUUCUCUUGUCCCGUUGGCGUCUCCUCUCUCUCCUUUCAGUCGUAUGUUUCUUGUUCAUUUGCUAACGAUUCCAUCACUCCAAAUCUUAAUAAAUUGAUUUGUUACAUGGCAAAAAUAAAUCUUGUUUGUCCUUCACUCACUCACUCCAUUCAGUCAGCACUUUGCUUUAACUGAAUCAAUCUACAAAUCAUAUUGGACAAACUGAAACUUUCAAAUUCAAACAUGUCUCUAAACAUUCCACCAACAGGCCACUUGGCAACCAAAGUUCUGUUAUCAUUGAACUAAUCAUUUGUGGCCCUUUGUGAUAGGAAAUGGAAAACUAGAAUGUUUUACCUAAAAGAGAACAGAAAAAGGUCAAUAAAAAUGGCCUGGUCGGUGAAUCCCGGUAGAAAGAUAAUCUGACUGAUGAAGAGGACUCUGGGAGGGGUCAUCAAUCAGGGCGCAUGACCUUUGACCUCUGAGCCGAGAGUCUCUCUCUCUCUCUCUUUCCUUUUCUUCUCUUUUUAUUUCUUUGCCACGUCGUCCCGUGUUGUACGCACCGUCCGGUAGGUCAGUUGGUGGGUCUCCAUGGCAGCACUUAUCAUCAUCAGGAGGGGAUCAUACCUUUGUUCCUCUUGCGGUCGGACAUCGCCCUGCGGUUGUGGUUGGCUCCCCUGCUCUUAUGGGCCUCCUUCUUGCGUCGGUCCAGAAGGGUCUCUGUAGACUGGCCCUGGCCUUUAGGUUUACCCACCACGUCUCGCUCUCUGGCAGGCUCCGGACGGUACCUAGGGGGAGGAGAGAGGGGUUCAAAUGGGAAAUGCACACAUUUUUCAUAAACAAACCUCAAUUUAGGAUGUCUUACAUUGCAAUUGUAAGACAUGAAACAGAACUUAAGGGCAAUAUAAGACAGGGAUUUAAGUUAGUGUGUGUGUGUCUCCGUACCCCUUCCUGUGUUGCAUGGUAGCUCUCCUUGCCUCUGCCCUCUCUCUCAGCAGAGCUGGGUCCUGAACAAACUGGUCUCUCUUCACAGCACUGUCCUGAGAGAACACACCAUGUAAAGGGUUAAUGAUACAACACAUAAUGACUGAUCCAUCUAAACAGCUUAACCUAGAAAUAAGGACAACCCUACAGCAUAGCCACUGGUUCAAUUAUGUCAAACCUAAUAUAACUAAUCUGGAUAACAAAACAUGGUACAUAGAGAGCCUUAGGUAGCUAGCCUGUAAAGCCACCUUGUGGGCAAGAUGUUAAACAGCGCCAAUAGAUAACACUGACCAUGCCCAUAUUGUUGAUCAUAAUAAGAAGGGAAGCAACUGUAGAGUUAGAAUAAUAAAGAACAGGAAUCAAGGGUGGCAUUUCAGGAAAGUGGCAGGUAUCGCUCUUAACUUGCAUCAUCACAGAGAAGUCCAUAGCGGUUCUGUGAACAGCUUUGUUUAUACAGUGGCAAAUAAGAUCACUUGCAGUAAAAGCAGUCCAGACUCGCUCAAUUAGUAUUUUAAAAUACGUACAUUUUAACAUAUCUAUAUAAACAGUUCGAGAAUGAGUUUGGCAGUAGGCCAAUCAUUAUCUUGUUAUGCCUGGCAUGCAGUCUUCUCAGACAAUAUAUUCAAACUCAGUUUGAUAACAAUGAUCAGUUGAUGUAGCACUGCAGCACAGCGAAGGAUAAAUUGAAAUAAUUAGCAAAUCAUUUUGCUUUUUUAUUUUACAGGACUGAUGGUACCUGCAUCUGAUGGUCAUGGUGCUUUCAAGACAACUGGGAACUCGGGGAGGGGGAAAACGAGGUCAAAUCAUGAUGUCAGUGAUCUUCAGGUUGGAAAGCGGAGCUCUAGAAAGAUGCCAGUUUCCGACUUGGAUGACCGCUCAAAACGAUUUUUCCCAGUCUGAUUUUUUUGGGAGUUCCCAGUUGUCUUGAACGCACUGAAGUCGGAAGUCUGAGAUUUCAGAGUUCCCAGUUGUUUUAGUUCGGCAUUAGUCUCAGCGGAGGGAGGUCCCUGCUCUCUCAAUUUCCUCCGGUGAGACUGACUAGAGAGAUGGGACAAUCUUCCACCUGAUGGCGAAACUUGAGUCGCACCGCAUCAGCCUCAUGCACAAAUUCAUGCUGUUUCUAUGACCAGAGAAAGUGAAAUACUCCUCGAUAUUAACAGACACGACGAGCUGCUAAUUCAUAAAAAUGCAGGGCGAUCGAUACACUUGGCUACUCAUUCAUUGCAGCAGGAGUGGAAGUAGGGAGAAGCGUGUUUUAUGUUUUGUAAUAGUGUUAAAUAAACAGUGUUGUCAGUGGUGAAUAAAACAUUAAGACAUGAACUCACUCAUAGAAAUAGCAGCUCUUUGCUGUAUUCUUUGACAGUCUCUCUCUGGUCAUUGGUUUAAAAGUUAAGAAAUCUCAAGUAGGCUAGUAUCAAAUUUGCUGGGGCUGAGGUCGUGGAAGGGAUUUGAGCUAUCCGAUUGGCCAGCGCAAUAAGCGUACUCGAUUUAGCCACAGAUCUCCCAGUCCGCCGGGUAGGCGGAGUUAGUAUUUUCAGACCAAUGAAAUGGUUCAAAAUAGGAACACUUUGCCUACCCGGUGUGCAGGGCUUCUGAAUCAAGUGCACCUACCGCCAACAGGGCUUCUGAAUCAAGUGCACCUACCGCCAACAGGGCUUCUGAAUCAAGUGCACCUACCGCCAACAGGACUUCUGAAUCAAGUGCACCUACCGCCAACAGGACUUCUGAAUCAAGUGCACCUACCGCCAACAGGACUUCUGAAUCAAGUGCACCUACCGCCAACAGGACUUCUGAAUCAAGUGCACCUACCGCCAACAGGGCUUCUGAAUCAAGUGCACCUACCGCCAACAGGGCUUCUGAAUCAAGUGCACCUACCGCCAACAGCGCAACACCAAUAAGAAAACAAAGGCGCACAAGCCUGUAUCGUUGGGUUUUCUACAGAAAUGUUUGGUGAUCGACUAGGAAGGCCUUGGAGAUCGACCAGUCGGUGACCACUAUUCUAUACAGGAAAAUCAAUUUCUAUACACCCUACCUUCUCGUCCUCUUCCUCCCCCUCCUCUACAUUCUCCUCCUGCAUCUGUGGUCUGCCUCCCUGCCGAAGGAUCUGAGGGAUGGUGAACGGCCUGUGGGAGGGAGAGAGAGAGAGAGGUUGUGUCACACUCAAUCAAUAAAUAAAGCCCUUUUUACAUAAAUGUGGUUCAACAACAGUAGUCACAAAGUAGCACCUUGGCAAGGACAAAUCUCUUAGAGGGAAGAAAACUUGAGACUGAGCAACCAAACUCAGAUGGGAGGCUCUAGUCUAAAUGAUUAGCUAAAAUCUUAAAUCAGUAAACAGGUGUGUGUUACCUGCGAUUGAGCAGGUUGGCGUCUCCGUCCAGAUCAUUGGCUCCUACUUGGUUGACGUCGUAUGUGUCAUCAUACUCAUCAUCAUAAUCGUCCAGAUUGUAGACGGCUCCUGAUUCGCUGGGAGUCACGAUGACCUCAUCCACCACAGUCUCAUAGGUCAGGUAGCGUUCCUUCUGCUCUGCUAUGUGCUGCUUGUCAUUUAGCAGGUCCCGCACACUCUCUCCUUUCCUGAAGGGAAACAACACAGACAGAUAUACAGAGAUUACAGAUCACACACAAAUAUACAGAGCUCAGGCUUUAUUGUACAGUUCACUAUUAACCUGGUAUUCAUCUAAAAAUGACUUGGGAAAAUUGUCAUUUUGGGUGUGGUGUGGCGUAACCAGACAGAACAGGAAACGGUCUGUGACCGAGUCAUCAGGAGGCCAUCUUGGCCACAAUUAACUUUGUCCCCAGGGGGAAAAUAGUUGAUAGCGUCUGACCUCCGGCCCUUCCAGACGCGGGUCAUGUCCACCUGGUCUCUGUUGAAGACAUCAAACUCAUCAUCGUCAAACACGUUGGACCUGGUGCUGAGGACAGGAGGCAGCUCCUCCUUUACCGGCCUGGAGAGAGGCGAACAUCAACGUUAAUACCUUUUUCAGACUACCCGACCCAAACCGUGCUGGCUCUGAUAUUUUCCUUUCACAUUGUUAUUUCCAGCACGGUUCCCACAACUAUGAAGGAUGAAUAACAAGAUCAGCGCAGCACGACUCAGCUUGUGCAUCUGUGUUUGUCCACAUACAGACACCCACCCCUCUCCCUCUCUACCUGGGCAUGGCUCUGUCCAGUUUGUCCAGGUCAGGGUGUAGUCUGUCCUCUAGGAUGUAGUUAAUGACCAGUUCAGAGCUGUAAUUGUACUGGUGGAGACAGGCCAGUAGAAAUCCCUCUCCCAGGUCUGGUAGCAGGUCUCUGAUGUGGGUUAACAGAGACUCCAGCUCCCCCGCACUGAUCGUACAUGCAGCACCCUGGACAACAUAACACAUAUCAGACACGGACACACACACUAUUACAAUAGCAUCUACACAGGACUGAGGCUCCUGUGUAUUGUCUCAUAUAGGGAUAGGUAAGCUCUCAAAAUGAUUUGGUUAUAUUUGUGUAUUAUUUUGCCAGCUAAAAUUACAAAUCUGGAGGUCAUACUUGCAAACAUAAGCAACCAUUUAAAUGUAAACGGUUUCUCCUGUUCAAAAUGCGUAUCAGCCAAUUAAAAUCGUUGAUUUACUUGCACGUGACAGAACGCUAAAUGUAACUGGUCCCAUCAGAUAACAUGGCACACGUUAGCCCUAAGAUUGCCCCACCAGGCAGUGAUUAUAUCCUGGAACAAGUUCUGCAUCAGUCAAUUAAAAUCGCCGAUGUAGUUGGACGUGUUCCAAAAACGUGUUCACGGAAGCGUCCUUAACAUACCCCCAACAGCACGUUCUGAUCAUCAAAGCAACUACCACGUGUAUUUGACUGACUGGUCAAAUUACUCUCUGUGUAAAGUGCCUAGUCCACAUAAUUGUCGCAGAUUGUGGCAAGGGUUUGAAUCUCACGAGUCCCCACAUUUGAAAUGUAGAUCUACAUGUAUUGUGUUAGUGUGUUGAAAAGGGACGUAGCCAACAGCUUGAAAAUGAAGAUUAGGAAUUAAUUGAAUAAGGAGCCAUCUCUUUCUUCAGCCUUGCACACAAACACAAGGCUAUUGCCUAAUAAUCAUAUUGCAUAGGCUAUAUUACAUGGAGGUGUACACCUAAAUGUAGGCCUAAAAUAUUUUAUAUGCAUUUCCUAUCAUCUGCUUUGUCACAUAUACGUUACUUGAAUUGAGGAGGAUGAGCAUUAAAGUGUACAGUAGGAUUAUUAGGUACACCUACGAAAAUGUAUCACUCCUACAGACAGUGAGUCAUGUGGCCGUGGCUUGCUAUAUAAAGCAGGCAGACAGGCAUCGAGGCUUUCAGUUACUGUUAGAUUUAACGUUAGAAUGGGCAAAACGAGUGACCUAAGCGACUUUGAACGUGGUAUAAUCGUUGGUGCAAGGCACGCCAGAUCCAGUAUCUCAGAAAUGACUGCCCUCCUGGGCUUUUCACGCAUGACAGUGUCUAUGGUUUCCUGCGAAUGGUGCCACAAACAGCUUGUUGAUGAGAGAGGUCGAAGGAGAAUGGCAAGAAUUGUGCAAGCUAACAGGCGGGCCAUAAACAAGCAAAUAAUGGCUCAGUACAACAGUGGUACAGUUGAAGUCGGAAGUUUACAUACACCUUAGCCAAAUACAUUUCAACCCAGUUUUUCACAAUUCCUGACAUUUAAUCCUAGUAAAAAUUCCCUGUUUUAGGUAAGUUAUAUUUUAAGAAUGUGAAAUGUCAGAAUAAUAGUAGAGAGAAUUAUUUAUUUCAGCUUUUAUUUCUUUCAUCACAUUCCCAGUGGGUCAGAAGUUUACAUACACUCAAUUAGUAUUUGGUAGCAUUGCCUUUAAAUUGUUUAACUUGGGUCAAACGUUUCGGGUAGCCUUCCAAAAGCUUCCCACAAUAAGUUGGGUGAAUUUUGACCCAUUCCUCCUGACAAAGCUGGUGUAACUGAGUCAGGUUUGUAGGCCUCCUUGCUCACACACGCCUUUUCAGUUCUUCCAACAAAUUUUCUAAAGGAUUGAGGUCAGGGCUUUGUGAUGGACACUCCAAUACUUUGACUUUGUUGUCUUUAAGCCAUUUUGCCACAACUUUGGAAGUAUGCUUGGGGUCAUUGUCCAUUUGGAAGACCCAUUUGCGACCAAGCUUUAACUUCCUGACUGAUGUCUUGAGAUGUUGCUUCAAUAUAUCCACAUAAUUCCUCAUGAUGCUAUCUAUUUUGUGAAGUGCACCAGUCCCUCCUGCAGUAAAGCACCCCCACAGCAUAAUGCUGCCACCCCCGUGCUUCACGGUUGGGAUGGUGUUCUUCGGCUUGCAAGCUUCCCCCUUUUUCCUCCAAACAUAAUGAUGGUCAUUAUGGCAAAACAGUUCUAUUUUUGUUUCAUCAGACCAGAGGACAUUUCUCCAAAAAGUACGAUCUUUGUCCCCAUGUGCAGUUGCAAACCGUAGUCUGGCUUUUUUAUGGCGGUUUUGGAGCAGUGACUUCUUCCUUGCUGAGCAGCCUUUCAGGUUAUGUUGAUAUAAGACUCGUUUUACUGUGGAUAUAGAUACUUUUGUACCGGUUUCCUCCAGCAUCUUCACAAGGUCCUUUGCUGUUGUUCUGGGAUUGAUUUGCACUUUUCACACCAAAGUACGUUCAUCUCUAGGAGACAGAACGCACCUCCUUCCUGAGCGGUAUGACAGCUGCGUGGUCCCACGGUGUUUAUACUUGCGUACUAUUGUUUGUACAGAUGAACGUGGUACCUUCAGGCGUUUGGAAAUUGCUCCCAAGGAUGAACCAGACUUGUGGAGGUCUACAAAUAUUUUUCUGAGGUCUUGUCAACGACCGGCAGUGAACUCAACAAAAAAGCUUGAUGCGAGGGGUUCUCGUGCACUAUCGAUUUCGAGUCAACCGCUUUGGCAGCGUGUGCCACCUAGAAGCGAUGGUGAUAAUGGUAGCCUACAUGACUGAUAUUUGACAAAUUCAUAUGGCUCUUCUUUUUUUUUUACGCUGUACGAUAAACGUACAUGUUUUAAGGACCUCAUUUAUAUUUUUUCCAUAAAAGCACAUUAACGUGUGUGAAACAGAAACAAAAACGUGGGAUUUUCUCAUAUGUGAAAUUGUAAAAAAGUAGUAGCUGGAAGCCUAGACAAGGAUGCAUCAAUGCAAUAUUGGCACACAACAUUUUGUUACAGACCAAUGUGCCAUGUUAUCUGAUGGGACCAGCUACACUUUAACGUUCUGUCACAAGCAAGUAAAUCGACUAUUUAAAUUGGCUGAUACGCAUUUUGAGACGAAGAAACGGUUUAAAUUGAAAUGGUUACUUAUGUUCGCAAGUAUGGCCCCAUUAUUUUGGAGGUUUAACUAACAAACUACAUCACAGCUCACCCCACCCCAUAUGCCCAAACUGGUAUCUCCUAGUCAGAACUCACGUUGUCUCCUUUAUGGGGCGUAUCCAGCAUGGCCUCUGCUCCUCUGGGGGUCUCCCCUCCUUCCCCUGGCUCUCUGAUUCCCAUCUCCCCCCCCCAGGCCCCUGCCCCAGCUCCACCCCAGGCCCCAGCUCCACCCUCUGCUCCCUGGCCGGUCAGCCCGGCGGAGGAGUGUGUCUGCUGGGGUCUGGACUGGGUUCUCCUCCGGCCCACGCUAUCCCAGGCAUCCUCCACUCCCUGGAGCAGAUACGAUGUCCUGGUCUCGUCUCUGACAGGGAGGGAGGGAGGGUUAAGGAAAGACAAUGGGCAGUGCUGGAGGAAAGGGUGGUGGAGGUGUUAUUAUUUACAUUUUAGUCAUUUAGCAGACGCUCUUAUCCAGAGCGACUUACAGGAGCAAUUAGGGUUAAGUGCCUUGCACAAGGGCACAUCGACAGAUUUUUCACCUAGUCGGCUCAGGGACUAGAACCAGCGACCUUUCGGUUACUGGCACAACGCUCUUAACCACUAAGCUACCUGCCGCCCCACUGCUCUAGGAUGGAUGGAUGGAUGGAUACGUUUCUUCCAAUGAGGGGGAUGUGUAUGUUUCUAUGACUCAAAGUGAGUGAGUGAAUGAGUGAAGAGUGAAUGGCUGACUGGCGGACUCAUUGAGGAACAUGUGUCUGAGUGGGCAAGACCAGUGAGACCAUGUGGAGGAAGGAUACAGGAGAGGGAAGGCCUGCUGUAGAAGACUGAUAUCAUCAGCUAUGGGGAACUGCUCAUCGUAGUCUGAUAGGAACCUGAGAGAGAGAGACAGCAACAAGGAUGGCAUCAACAAACUUUCUUUAUCUCCUCAAUGGACAAGCUCCAAUCAGUUACACAACAUUCCAAACAACAGCAGUCAUCGUAAGAACAGUAUUAAUUAGGUCAGGGAUGCAAUGGUCAAGAAUAUUGAUUGAUUGAAGACGUUUAUGGCCCUUCAAAAGGUAAUUCUUUCCAUAUCAGGAAACAAACAAGUAUGUACUGUACCUCUUCUCUGGUAGGAAAGUAGUGAAAUGCUGUAGGAGUUCCUCCACAAAUGUCUGAAUGUUCUCUGAGCUAAAAACAAAUUAACAACAAAAUGUUCAAAGGCUGCGGGAAGGCUAUGAGCAAACAUAGGUAGGUGGAUGGUAGGUGGAUAAAGAAAGGAUGAGAAAAAGAGAAGAGAGAGAGAUAGAAAGGCGUUUUGUUCUGACCCCUCUAGUAUGGGCUGUAGACAGGUGUGUUGCAGCAGCAGGUGCGCCAUCUCCACCAUCCUCCUCCGGGCGUGACACACCCUCCUCCACAGGUCCUCCUGGAGACUGGCAGGGGGGCACGGGGGGAGGGGGGGGUUCAGUCACUCACACACGGAUGCACAAAUGAACACGCACAAAACAAACAGUUCAUACACAGUACCCACACACACACAAGCACACAUGGUAUAUACAAGCACACAAUUAAUUGGUAUAUACAGCCUGAGACAUUUGUGUGCAACAUUGUGUAAAUGUUCUUUAUAUGUCAGAAUGUUUAAUAAAAUGACAUUUAAAGUUGCUCUACCGGCUUGUCCUUCUGCUGCUAGAAAACAGACAGAAUAUCCACAGGAUAGUGUUAUUCAGACGACUUUCAGUACGCUGGUCUGUAUAUUGGUUUGUCCUUCCGGUUUUUAUUUUCAAUACUGCUGCAAUUCGCACGUGACAAACACUUGCACAAUAACGGCAAACACUUCAGGCUGAUUACGAAGAAAAGUGCUUCGGUCGACUACAUUCGGCUCUUGUUUCCAUAUUGUGCGUCACGUGCAAUGAGCCGAGCGAUUGAAAAUACAAGUGACAGAACCUACCAGCGCCGCAAAAAGUUGGGUAAACAACACUUUCCUGUGGAUACUCAAUCUCCUACCGCCAAAAGAACCAACAGCAUGUACAACCGGUAAAGUAACCUCAAAUAUAAUUGUAUUUAACAUUCUAGCUUAUAGAGACUAUUGCGACUUCUUUCAGACUGAUGGCCCCGUGUAGCUCAGUUGGUAGAGCAUGGCGCUCACUAACUGUGAGUGUCUGCUAAAUGACUAAAAUGUCAAAUGUUGUCCAUGGAGUAACCAUGGUAACAAUUUGACGUUCAGGAAAAAACACACACACACACAGUACACACACGUCUACAAAUAGAAACACACCUAUUGUCAUCAAAGUUUCUUUUCCUCACAGCCUUCUCUAUGUCAGGCACAGCCACCUCGUAGAAUGAGGCUAGUCUGAGAAGAACGAGAAGGUACAUUUUGAGCAAAAGUGAUCAACUCUGACAAAUGCAAUAUUGAAAGAAACAAAUGGUCCACCACUGUGGAAGCAGUGUAGUUGAAUAGUGGUGGUGGGAAACAAGUGAAAUACUGCUUGUUCUUGGCUGUAUAUGUUUAUCAAAUACAUUCAUUUAACCUGUUGAGAUAUCUGUGUGAGUGGAAGGUGUGUAUGCGAGCACUCUACCUGUUGAGGAAGCUGUGACACUGAAAGGUGGAGCAGGCAGCAGGGAAGAUGUCCAGGAAGGCCUGGAUUGUGGUACAGGUAUCACACAGAUACAGCACCAAAUCCACUAGGUCCUGGAAGAGGAGGCACAACCAGUCAGAACUGGUCAGAACCAGUCAAAAAUGAUAGUUACAACCAGUCUAAACUAGUCACUCCCGUACUAGGAGAACGCCAACUCAUUGAGGAGAUGGAAGAGGUUUCACAACCAGUCACAACAAUCAGUUAAAACAAACCGGUGACUCAUUGAAGAGAUUUUAAACUUCAGCUGGUUUUAAACUUCAGCUGACAUGUUUUUAAAACAACAAUCUCUGACAAGCAGUGGACUUUACUUUAUAACUGUGGUCUAUCUUUUCGGUCAUGGUGUAAAAGGCAGGUGCAGUGUGUUUAUCAUUACAGUACCUGUUGACUCAUGGUCAUGGCGGUGGGUCGGCCGUGUGAGCUGAGCUUCAGAGGCUCGAUUGCUGUGGUUCCUUCACACUGGAGACCACACUUAGCAAGGAUAGUGUCCAAAACCUGGGAAGAGACAAAGAGCAAGUCUGAAAUGGCACCCUAUGUUCUCCAAUGUGCACUACUUAAAAGUUGCAGGCUGCGACAUCUUAAAAUGCUGUGACACUAAAUUGGAAGUGAGGUAAAAUGUCAGUGUCACCUAGAUUAUGUUCAAAGAAAACCUUUUGAAAUGGAGUGUAUUAAAUGGUUGUGCUUCUUACCUGUAGGACCGAGGGCACCGCCUCAUCCAGGUCUCCAUAGUAACUCGGCUGCUGGAUGAAGAUGUUUUCUGGAAGAUAAACAAGACAUUGAUGUCAUUUAUUGAAAAAAUGUCAUCUGUUCUAGAUCCAUUUGAGCAGGUAAAGUGCUACACCAGACAAAGGGCCCUGUUGCGGAGCUCACCUAUCAUCUUAUGGAGCAGCUGAGAGUUUCCUUUCCCAAACAGAACACACAGGUCCAGGAUCUUGGGAAUGUCGAACAGGAAGUUGUCGUAAAUGAUCUCUCCAAACACAGUCGGAGUUAUAAAGCUCUCCUGAGAGUGAAGAAGAAACAGGAAAUAAAAGUUAUGUUCAGUAAGACAAUUCUCCUCUCAAUAGAAGAGUCAGACAGAGAAUAAUUCAUGUUCCAAAAAUUCUUAGCCUCUAACAGUUAAAGCUGUUUAGUUAAAACUUGUCUCUGACCCCAUCUAAACACGGUUAUCCGCUUUUAAAUGACAGGUAUCUGGACAUGCAAAAGACAGUUUCUCCAUUCAACAACACUACAUCAUUGCCUUGUCAGAAACAGACAAACCCCCAGGCUACCUAGACAGCAGUGGUACCUUGGACUCCUUGUGCGUGGCCAUCCUGAGGAAGGUCAUGAAGACGGCUCGGUGGACGCAGCGCUGCAUGUCAGCAACGGCCGGGGAGGAGGGCAGUGAGGAGGGGUCUAAUCCCCGAGGGGCGUGGCGU